AUGGCAGGAGAAUCAGCCCACAAAGGAUCACGCUGGUAUCGUCCAGCAUACGGAUUCCAUCCUCAUCCUCCUGCAUUCCAUCAUCGUUUCGGUGCAAAACUUUUAGGUGGAACGAUGUUCUUUUGGAUCUUUUAUCGUGCUUAUCACGAUGGACCCGUUCUACUGGGCCUCAAACAUCCUUGGGACGGACAUCACGAUGAAGGACACGGACAUGGAGAAGAACAUCAUUGA